CGGCAACAGAGUUGUGGAGUUGUUGAUUUCGGCGAUGGCGAAUCUCAUGGCUAGAUGUCUCUGGUAGCCCAGAAUGUAGAAGCUAGCGAGAGAGCAGAAGUGGUUGUGGCCGUUUCAAUGUCCAGGCCUAGAGGAAGGGUGAAGGCUAGGAACCCAAGGAGGGCGCUUGAAGCCAUUUUGCCUGCGCAGGGAAAGAGACGGAGAGAACCAAGUUAAAACCAUCCCAGGUAGGAGGGCUGAGAAUCAGCUGCUGGAGAUAAGUACCCAGAGAACCACUGCCAGACACAGUAGCCCUAACUGGGCUAGAUGGACAGUAAAAAAGACUUGAGGACUAGAUGAAUCACAGUCUGCAGCCAAAAGCCAAUGAGCGUCCGCUAGGAGCCCAGUCCCCGCCUCCUCAGACCAGACCGCGUGGAGGAGUGGUGCGCCUGCGCGGAGUCCGGCAGCCGGGAACGCCUUGUACGCAUGCGCGGAGUCGCAGAUGCUUCGCUUGCCCGCAUGGGAGAGAGACGGAGGUGAAAGGCUAAAAUGGACCGUCUGUCUUUGUUGUUGGACUUUUGAAAAAUCUUGUAUGUGAGAUGCUGAAACAGUGACCCCAUCAAGACACGACUCUUAUGGGAUUUUUAGAACACCUGUCCUUCCACUGGGAAUUUGGAGGUGUAGGGACUUUUUAAACAUGCCUGAAAUCAAAGUCACGCCUUUGGGAGCAGGCCAAGAUGUCGGCCGCAGCUGCAUCCUUGUGUCCAUCGCCGGGAAAAACGUCAUGCUGGACUGUGGGAUGCACAUGGGCUAUAACGAUGAUAGGCGAUUUCCUGACUUCUCCUACAUCACUCAGAAUGGAAGGCUGACUGACUUUCUGGACUGCGUGAUCAUCAGCCACUUCCAUUUGGACCACUGCGGGGCCCUGCCGUAUUUCAGUGAGAUGGUUGGCUACGACGGACCCAUCUACAUGACUCACCCAACCAAGGCCAUCUGCCCCAUCCUCCUUGAGGACUACCGGAAGAUCACCGUGGACAAGAAGGGCGAGACCAACUUCUUCACCUCCCAGAUGAUCAAAGACUGCAUGAAGAAAGUCGUGGCGGUCCACCUUCAUCAGACGGUCCAGGUGGACGACGAACUGGAGAUCAAGGCAUACUACGCUGGGCACGUCCUCGGGGCGGCCAUGUUCCAGAUCAAAGUGGGCUGUGAGUCCGUAGUGUACACCGGUGACUAUAACAUGACUCCAGACAGACACUUAGGGGCCGCCUGGAUUGACAAAUGCCGCCCCGAUCUGCUGAUUUCGGAGUCCACCUAUGCCACGACCAUCCGAGACUCCAAGCGCUGCAGGGAGAGAGAUUUCCUGAAGAAAGUCCACGAAACGGUCGAGCGCGGCGGGAAGGUCCUGAUUCCGGUGUUUGCGCUCGGUCGUGCUCAGGAGCUCUGCAUCCUCUUGGAGACUUUCUGGGAACGGAUGAACCUCAAGGCCCCCAUCUACUUCUCGACGGGGCUGACGGAGAAGGCCAACCACUAUUACAAGCUCUUCAUCACGUGGACCAACCAGAAGAUCCGCAAGACCUUCGUCCAGAGGAAUAUGUUCGAGUUCAAGCACAUCAAGGCCUUCGACAGGGCCUUUGCUGACAACCCCGGGCCGAUGGUUGUCUUUGCCACUCCAGGGAUGCUCCACGCCGGGCAGUCCCUCCAGAUCUUCAAGAAAUGGGCCGGCAACGAGAAGAACAUGGUGAUCAUGCCGGGAUACUGCGUGCAAGGCACGGUGGGCCACAAGAUCCUGGGCGGGCAGCGCAAGCUGGAAAUGGAAGGCCGGCAGGUGUUGGAGGUGAAGAUGCAAGUGGAAUACAUGUCCUUCAGUGCCCAUGCCGACGCCAAGGGAAUCAUGCAGCUGAUCCGACAAGCCGAGCCCCGGAACGUUCUCCUGGUGCAUGGCGAGGCGAAGAAGAUGGAGUUCCUGAAGCAGAAAAUUGAGCAAGAGUUCCAUGUCAACUGCCACAUGCCUGCCAACGGAGAAACGGUGUCCAUUUUCACCAGCCCAAACAUCUCCGUGGACGUCUCGCUCGGGUUGCUGAAGAGGGAACGCUCCAUUGCUCCAGGUCCCUUGCCGGACGCCAAAAAGCCAAAGCUCAUGCACGGGACCCUGAUAAUAAAGGACAACAGCUUCCGCUUGGUCUCUCCCGAACAAGCCCUCAAGGAACUUGGGUUGGCGGAGCACCAGCUGAGGUUCACCUGCCGCAUCCAUUUCCAAGACCCCCGCAAGGAACACGAGACGGGGCUUCGGGUCUACAACCACCUGAAGAGUAUCCUGAAGGAUUAUUCUGUCCAGCAUCUCUCGGACGCCUCCAUAAUGGUCGAAUCCAUCCUGAUCCAGGUCACAGUGCAGUCAGAAGAUCCUGCAACCAAACUCCUGCUGGUGUCGUGGACUUACCAGGAUGAAGAGAUGGGCAGCUACGUGACUUCUCUGCUCAAGAAGGCCUUGCCCCAAAUCACGGCGUAAGACUUCGUGGGAAGAAGUGACAUCAAGGAACCAUACUAUUCCUAUGAUCAAUACCUUAACUUGUUUUAAGCAAUGGCAGAAGGACAUAACUAAAUUUGUUUGGCAAGGGAAAAGACCAAGAAUUAAUUUUAAGAAUUUAACAGAUGCAAAGGAAAGAGGUGGUCUUACCCUACCAGACUUAAGGCUGUAUUUUGAUGCUGUUUGUUUGACGUGGUUAAAAGAAUGGAUAACAUUAAGAAAUCCUAGAAUACUUGAUUUGGAAGGAUUUGACAGAAGGUUUGGGUGGCAUUCAUAUUUGUGGUAUGAAAAAAGUAAAAUACAUAAAGACUUUCUGAAUCACUAUGUAAGAAGUCUAAUGAGGGUAUGGGUAAAAUAUAAAAAAUGGCUGGAACCUAAAACUCUGUUAUGGGUAUCUCCGAUUGAAGCUUUAGCACGUAAAGAGGUAAAUAUCCAAUCACAAUGGGAUACCUAUAGGGAUCUGUUAUACUUUCAAGAAAAGGACUGUAAAUUAAAAAGUCUAAUUGAAGUACAAAAU